ACUCCUGUUGGAUUCUUGUCCCUUUUCACACUCCCUCUUCCUACUUUCUCCUCCACUGUCCCCCCUGCUCCACUCUCCAUUCCCAUUUCCCUCAAACAUACUCUCUCUCUCUCUCUCUCUCGGAGAACAUUGCUAGUUGUUUCUUGUUUCUCUCUCUCUCUCUCUCUCUCUCUCUCUAAGUUUGCAGCAGAUAUACAGGGGGAGUGAAGAAAGAUGAGAGGGCCAUUGGGUCCAGUGAUAGGGAAGUAUCCAUCGUCUAGUGACGGGAAUGGUGGGAUGGGGAAUGGGAGCAAUGAUAUCAUAAAACACAACAGAAAAUGCAGAGAUGUGGUGUUUCUUGUUAUAUUCAUCGCAUUUUGGAUAGCAAUGAUUGUUAACUCCAGCUUUGGUUUCAACCAGGGAAACCCAUCGAGGCUAAUCUAUGGGCUGGACUAUAAAGGGAACGUGUGUGGCGAUAGACAUGCUGACCCGGAUCUCCGUGAAUUGGAACUCAGAUAUUGGCUAAAUCCUAAUCAGGUUUACCAAACUGGUGUAAAGGGCAGCAAAUUCCAGCUCUCCAAUGCUCGGAGUAUUUGCUUGAUGGACUGCCCUAUUCCAUCUGAGGACGGAGUCAAUUGGGUCUGUGACUAUCCCGAGGGAGAUAUUCAUAUCUCGGUUGAUGACUGGAUUGAUAGAAAUUAUGAUUAUUUUGCAGACCUGACUCCUGAACUCAGGAACACUUCUCUUCAGCUUCAGGGUCCCUGCUAUCCAGUUAUAUUUCCUAGUGUCAAUGUUUAUUGGACCUGCCAGUUCAUUGCGCGUGCAUCAAAUGUAUCUUUGACGCAUUGGCAGCAGAUGGGAGGGGUGAAAGUCAUAGAGGACAUUGCGAUUGAUAAAUCCAUCCACAAAGCAAUUAACUCAAGGUCAUCAGUACUAAAGAGAUAUGUGGCUGACGUUGGAAAAUCUUGGCCUGUACUGCUCGUUUGUGGAGGGUUUCUGCCACUGUUCCUAUCAAUCAUUUGGCUUUUGAUGAUCCGUCAUUUUGUUACUGGAAUGCCAUGGAUCACAGUGAUUCUUUUCAAUAUGCUCAUUAUAUCUGUGACAAUGUUCUACUACUUGAAAGCUGGAUGGAUUGGAAAUGAUGCCAUCUCCCCAAUCAUUGGUGAGCAUGACCCAUAUUAUCAUGUGUCCGCAAGGGAGCUGAAUCAUCUGCAUGCGGCUGCUGUCUUCAUGACCGUUCUCAUGGUUGUUGCUUUCCUAUCCUCGAUUGCAGUAGUCCGUCGUAUCCUUAUGGCAACAUCUGUCCUGAAGGUUGCAGCGAAGGUCAUUGGAGAAGUCCAGGCUCUGAUAAUUUUUCCUGUUAUACCAUAUGCCAUACUGGCUAUUUUUUACAUGUUCUGGUUAUCAGCUGCUCUUCACCUUUUCAGUUCUGGAAGUGUUGUACAAAAUGACUGUGGUGCUAACUGUUGUGCUUAUGACCUCAAAGCAAAGAGGUUGAGCUGUAAUAGUUGCUGUGGCUAUAGCAUCCAAUACACUUCUCAUAUUGCUGCUGCAAUCCUUUUCCACCUAUUCGGUGGUUACUGGGCUACUCAGUUUGUCAUAGCAUGCUCAUCAACAGUGAUUGCAGGUUCUGUUGCUUCAUAUUACUGGGCUCGAGGGGAAGCAUCGCCAGAGAUCCCCUUCCUUCCUGUUUUUUCUUCAAUGAAGCGGCUUGUACGAUACAGUCUAGGAUCUAUUGCUCUUGGUUCUCUAGUUGUGUCGUUUGUUGAAUCAAUACGAUUUAUACUUGAAGCACUUCGCCGGAAGCUUAAACUUGUUAACUCUAUGCCUCAAAGCUGGAUAGGGAAAGUGAUAUAUCAGACUUCACAAUGUUGCCUCAAGUGUAUUGGAUGCAUCAUCAGAUCUGUAAACCGCAAUGCUUACAUCAUGAUUGCAAUUACAGGAAAAGGUUUCUUUAAAGCUUCUGAGAUUGCAACAGAGUUGAUCAUGAGUAACAUCCUGAGGAUUGGGAAGGUGAAUGUCAUAGGAGACGUGAUUCUCUUUCUCGGGAAGCUAUGUGUCAGCCUUACCAGUGCACUUUUUGCUUUUCUGAUGUUGGACACUCACAGAUAUAAGUCUGCACAUAACAAGAUCUCCUCACCGCUGUUUCCUGUCCUGGUGUGCUGGGUGUUUGGGUACAUUGUGGCUACUCUCUUUUUUGGAGUGGUGGAGAUGUCCAUCGAUACCAUCAUCCUUUCGUUCUGCCAAGACUCGGAUGAACACCAAGGGACUGCUCAAUAUGCUCCUCCAUUGCUGAUUGAGACUCUCAAUGACCAAAAUGAGACGCAAAGAUUGACACAAUGAGCUUCUUGAAAUGACCUUCAAUGCCAGUUUAGUGUUUUCAUAUAGGCUAAUUAAUGGCACUUGAUUUUCCAUGGCGAAAGUAAUCCUUUUUACUAACUUGGUUUUGGCCCCAACACCAAAACACUAUAUAGUCCUCUGGUUGAAUGUAUAUAUGAGUUGAGAUUGAAAGAGUUAUUGGUCCUACAAUUUAUUUGCUUUUAAGUGUUAAAACUUUCUCUUCUUUUCUUUUGCAAAGAUUCAUUGUAUGUA